UCCUACUAUACAGCAUCUUUGCAUGCAAAUUCUUAUCCCUCUACUACUACUAGCCACACUGUGGACAGCAUUCGCUAAGCGCGUUGUCCACAACUGGGACAUCACCUAUGUGACAACAAGUCGUGGCCUCGACCAGAAGCCCAAGCGCGGUAUAGCAGUCAAUGGGACGCUCCCGCUGCCGAUAGUUCGUGCGUCCAAAGGCGAUACGCUAGUUCUGCAUGUCCACAACUCGCUCAGUGUGCCUACCUCUCUGCAUGCCCACGGUAUAUUCCAGAACAAUACCAACUACUAUGAUGGUACUGGCAUGGCAGGAACAUACUGGAUUCACGGACAUACGGCCGAACAAAACUUUGAUGGUUUGAGCACGCCGCUUAUCAUUGACGACCCAGAUGAACCGUAUAGGUACGAUGGCGAGUAUCUGUUUGCUUUCGAAGACUGGAUCAGACUGGUAGCAAUGCAGAACUUGCCCACGGUGGAAUUCUCCAUCAACCAGCAUACGCUGGAGGUUAUCGAGGUUCGACUGGUCAAUCCUGGACAGCGCGUCUCAAUGUUGGUUAGAGCCAAGCAGUCCCUGGCCAGCAACUACGCUUACCAUAUCAGUGUGACAAACUAUUUCUCGCCGAUUCCCCCAGGGUUCGUUCAACCACUUGCGCCGGUUGAAUCCAUCCUGUAUCUCUUGGAGUCUCUGGACGAGUCACCGCAGCUUAUUCCUGACCGCUCUCUGUUCAUUAACUCGACAGUUGGUCAUUCGCUGCAAAGUAUCUACAAGGAUACAUUCAAUAAUGUGGAAUUUAUGGAGCCACUUGUGCCAACAAUGUUCAGUGCGCUGACACUUGGUCACAGGAUCAUUGAACCCGUUCAUGUCGUUGAGCUGCUGCUGUAUCACACAGGAAACAUUCCCCACCCUUUGCACCUUCACGGCCACAGCUUUCAGGUGAUUGCCCGCGGACUCGUCAACGACACCACAGGAGAAUAUCACCGCGAGGUCAAGCCAGGGCAGUCGCCGGUUACCAGAGAUACGAUAUUUCUCAUCCACGGAGAGUACGCACUUGUCCGAUUCCGUGCAGAUAAUCCUGGGGCUUGGAUGUUCCACUGCCAUGUUGUUUUCCAUGCUAUUAGGGGCAUGAUGAUGGUGUUUGUCGAGGCGCCGGAUGUCCCGGAGUCAGUUGUCAGCCAGUGCAGACAGCAAGGUAUCAAAACCACAGGAAAUGUGGUCGGUAGCAUGGGGUACAAUAUUGCCGGCGCCCCACAUAGCCCGGAUCUCUUGUUUUCAUAAUGUCCUUUAAUGCAUACUCUUCAGUAAGCAUGGGCAAAUAUUCAUAUUCAGUUUUGUG